GGCCUGAAAGCUUCCACAUCAUAGAAGAGGGCCAUUCUCCAUUGCCCAAUUAUAAUGAUACAAAUGACUAUUCAAACCUACCAAUCAUGCAUUGCUUAGUUUUAUACAAAAAAGACUUCUAACAAAGCAAAGGCCUGAGCAGAAAAGCUGCCCAACACCUGCAAAGAAGAGAGCAGUGAGGAUGACUUUUCUGUCCUCCUCCGUCUUCAACCUCACUCUCUUCUUCUUCUCAUUCUUUAUUGCAGGUCCCCUUCCGGUCCUCUCUCAAGCUUGCAAGAGCUCCUGCGGCGACCUUCCAAUCCGCUACCCCUUCGGCACGGGCCCCGGCUGCGGCGAUCCCCGCUUCCAAAACUUCGUCACAUGCAAAUGCGACAGCCCCCAAGGCCGGGAACGGCUUGUUCUCACGGCGGCCUCCGGCAGCUACACCAUCCAGUGGAUAGACUACGGCAACCAUAUAAUAUAUAUUCAAGACCCAACCAUCUCCACCUGCUCCUGCAUGCAGCCGAGCAGAGGGUUCGCUCUAGACUGGAGCGCGCCGUUCAGCUUCCCGGAAAACACUGUAUUCGCGCUCCUCGGCUGCUCCGUCACCGCCUCCCCGGUCUUCAACAACUCCUUCAACAACAAUUUCAAGAAGAACAAUGCCCCGCUCUGCGACGUGAGUGGCGGGCCGAUCUGCAGCCAGAUCUACGCUUGCCCGGCGGUCGUCGGGCUGAACCUCCCGCUCUAUUCUCCGGCGUCCUCCUGCUGCGUGUACUCGCCGGUCGAUCUGGGGCCCUCCUUUGACAUGGACCUCAAGAAGUUGCAGUGUGAAUCUUAUACGGCCGUCAUCGACUUCGAUUACCGGCAACUCGAUGCCGCCAAGUGGAAGUAUGGGAUUGCAUUGAAGUAUCGUUUCAGCGUGAACAACGUCUACCCGCUUUCUUGCCUGCAGUGUGAGAACAGCAAUGGCGUUUGUGGGUAUGUGGGGAGCUACAAUUCCUUCGCCUGCAACUGCCCCUUUGGCGUCACCACCUCCACCGAUUGUUCCUUCCAGGAAUCGUUUUGGAGCCAUGGAGUCAAGAGCAAUAAUAUUCCACGCGUCUUCACAGGCUUCAUUAUGUAUCUUGUUCUGGAACUGGUGAUUCUUCUCAAUUGAAAGCCAAGCAGGACACAAGCGCCAGUGUGAAUCACCAUUAAAGCUUUUAUGUAUAAGUUUAUAAAUCCACUUGUUGAUUGUUAACUUUUUAAUUUCUUUCUUCUUUUUUAUUCCUCUUUUCUAAGAGCCAAUCACUGUUGUAUAACAAUCAAAAGUUUAUAAGAUAAGA